AUGGCUGAUGAAUAUUUUAAGUUAAGAAUUCCAAUAUUCGAUGGUAGUUGCAAAGAUUAUGAUGGUUGGAAAUACCGGUUGGAGCUACUUCUUAAACUAAAAGAAUGCUAUGAAGCAGUGGACCCCGACAUAAAUGGAAUUCCAGAUGAUAUCGAAGAACAAGAUUGCGCCAGGAUGGAAAUUAAAGCACGAAACUACCUGGUAAAUGUCGUGUCAAAUUCAGUUCUCGAUCUCAUCAGACAUGAGAACAACGCCAAAGACAUGCUAACCAAAUUGGAUAACACUUUCGCUAUCACCAAUACAUCAAUGAAGUUAAUGAUCAAGAGAAAGCUGCUGGAGACAAGAUUUGACCCCGAGGAUCCCACCAUCUUCCUUAAAAAUUUGGAGAAACACAUCAUCGAUCUCAAAAACUCAGGGGAAAAUGUGUGUGAUGAAGAUCAUCUUAAUUAUUUAUUGUUAACCCUUCCAGAGUCUAUGUCUCAUUUGCAUGACAUUGUCGAUGCCUUGCCAGUUGCUCAGCGCAAAGCUGAUUUUGUGAAGAAGAAGAUAAUGAUCUCUUUCGAAAAGAAGUCAAGUGAUUCUAGUCUACAGCUAAGUGAUAACUUUGAAGCUCUAAAUCUCCAAGCCCACAAGCCAAGCCGAGGGAACUCUAGUGAUGACCGUUCCUACAACCGUGGAAGAAGUCGUGGAUUCAGCAGAAGACCGUGGGUGCGAAGCAACAACUCUUGUCAUCGCUGUGGUGGCACAGGACAUUAUGCCAACGUCUGUCCAAGCUACAGUAACAACCGAGGUGUUUUUCUUCACGAGGACAUCCGAGCAACAAUCGUGGUUCAAGAGAUUCAGGCAACUUCAAUCGAGGGCAUGGAAGUUACCGCAGCUGAGGAUACAAUGCAAGAAGACCAAGCAGAGGUUUCAACCAAAGCAAUGCAGCUUCAACGUCUAGUGAUGAUUACUUCUACUCUCCAAACGAUGAAAAUACCUUGA